AAGUGCGCCACCUUUCAAGCUUGCAGUAAGGAAAUCAGCCAAGCUUCUGAUCAAGUGAUACGACCAUCUGUCACUCCCUGUGCAGUAGGUUUAGAUGGUUCUUUUGCCAAAGAACAGUCGAGUUUACAUGGCAAUGUAGGAAGCAGUAUGCCUGAACAGCCCACAAGGAGUGCCACAAGGCCCACGACAAGUGUUGAAGCCUCUGCAUCUUCUGGUUCCUUACCUAUUCGGGUUCCCACUUUCCAUGCAAGUGCACAAGGGCCUUGGCAUUGUGUGGUUGCCUAUGACGCAUGUGUGCGGCUAUGCCUUCAUUCAUGGGCUAGAGGCUGUAUGGAAGCUCCGAUUUUCUUGGAAAAUGAAUGUGCAUUGUUGCGAAGUGCAUUUGGUUUGAAACAAAUAUUGUUGCAAUCUGAGGAGGAGCUUCUUGCCAAGCAAUCUUCAGAGCUUACCAGUGAAGGGGCUGCCCCAAAGCCCAAAAAAACCAUUGGCAAGCUUAAAGUUCAAGUACGUAAAGUAAGAAUGUCUCUAGACAUGCCUUCAGGAUGCAGUUUAUCAUCCUGCAAAUCUCCAUCAGUAAAUUUAGAAUCCCUGCGCUACCGUAUGUCAAAUUUCCAAUCAACUUUAUCGUCUGGAUGGGAGUCGCUGCGGAAAAUUCGUGUUCUACAUCGGCUACCUGCAAACAGUUCCUUUUCUCGUCACAGUUUGGCGUAUGUGCGUGCAAGCACGCAGUAUAUCAAGCAAGUGUCUGCACUCCUUAAAACUGGUGUGACAGCUUUGCGGAAUAGUUCAUCAUAUGAGAUUGUGCAAGAGACAUACUCUUGUUUGUUGCGAUUGAAAAGUUUAACUGAGGAGGGUGCAGUUAAGAUGCAGCCUGGAUCUGGUGAAUCGCAUCUUUUCUUCCCAGAUAGUCUUGGAGAUGAUUUGAUCAUUGAAGUCUAUGAUUCCAAGGGGAAGUUGCAUGGCCGUGUUAUUGCUCAGUUAGCUAGUAUUGCUGAAAAUCCUAAUGAUAAAUUACGCUGGUGGUCCAUUUACCGAGAGCCAGACCAUGAACUUAUAGGCAGAAUUCAACUGUAUGCAAAUUAUACAACCUGCCUAGAUGAGAACAAUUUGAAGUGUGGAUCUGUUGCUGAGACUGUUGCAUAUGAUAUUGCCCUGGAAGUUGCAAUGAAAGUUCAACAAUUUCAACAACGGCAUCUGUUAUUGCACGGAGAGUGGAAAUGGUUAUUGACAGAAUUUGCAUCCUAUUUUGGGGUUUCGGAUGCAUACACCAAACUUAGAUACCUUUCAUAUGUAAUGGAUGUGGCAACCCCUACAGCUGACUGUCUCAUACUGGUCCAUGAUUUGCUUUUACCAGUUAUAAUGAAAAGUCGUGGCAAAAACACUUUGAGCCAUCAAGAGAACCGCAUUCUUGGAGAGAUUGAAGAGCAAAUCGAACAAAUUUUAGCAUUGGUCUUUGAAAACUACAAGUCACUAGAUGAGUCGUUGCCUUCAGGGAUGGUUGAAGUUUUUAGGCCUGCUUCUGGAUCUCCAGCUCCUGCGUUGGCACCUGCUGUGAAGCUGUAUACCCUACUUCAUGAUAUACUAUCUCCGGAGGCUCAAUUAAAGCUAUGUGGUUAUUUCCAGUCUGCCGUUAAGAAAAGAUCGAGGAGGCACUUGGUUGAAACUGAUGAGUUUGUUGCUAGCAGCAACACGGAAGGCAGUUUGAUGGAUGUUGUUACUCUCUCUACUGCUUAUCAGAAGAUGAAAACCUUGUGCUUCAACAUCAGGAAUGAAAUAUUUACAGAUAUUGAAAUUCACAACCAGCAUGUGCUUCCUAGUUUCAUAGACCUUCCAAAUCUAGCAGCUUCCAUCUACAGUGUUGAACUUUGUAGUAGAUUGCGUGCCUUCCUUGUUUCAUGUCCUCCUUCUGGUCCUUCCCCACCAGUAGCAGAGCUUGUAAUUGCUACUGCUGAUUUUCAGAAGGACCUUACUAACUGGAACAUCAGUCCGGUCAAAGGAUGUGUUGAUGCAAAAGAGUUGUUUCACUUGUAUAUUGUCUUAUGGAUCCAAGACAAGCGGCUGUCACUAUUGGAAUCGUGUAGAUUAGAUAAGGUGAAAUGGUCAGGUGUGCGGACACAACAUCUAACGACUCCAUUUGUUGAUGAAAUGUAUGAUCGAUUGAAAGAAACCUUAAGCGAAUAUGAAGUUAUCAUCUGCCGUUGGCCAGAGUACACUUUUGUUUUGGAAAAUGCAAUUGCUGAUAUUGAGAAGGCAGUGGUAGAGACAUUGGAGAAGCAAUAUGCAGACGUGUUGACACCCCUGAAAGAUAGCAUGACACCAAAGAAAUUCGGACUCAAGUAUGUCCAAAAACUUGCCAAACGCAACUCACUGUGCCCUUAUACUGCAUCUGAUGAGCUUGGAAUUGUUCUGAAUUCUAUGAAAAGAUUAUUGGAUGUGUUGUGGCCGAAAAUUGACAUGCAACUCAAAUCUUGGGGUUCAUGUAUCCCUGAUGGUGGGAGUAACGUAGCCGGAGAACGACUUAGUGAAGUAACUGUGACAUUGAGAGCUAAGUUCAGAAACUAUCUACAGGCAGUGGUUGAGAAACUGGCAGAAAAUACUCGAUUACAGAAUGGCACGAAGCUGAAGAAGAUAAUCCAAGAUUCAAAGGAUGUCAUUGCGGAGUCUGAUAUUAGAAGCCGAAUGCAACCAUUGAGAGAGCUACUCACUCAAACAAUCAACCAACUCCACACAGUUUUUGAAGUACAUGUCUUUGUCAUGGUUUGCCGUGGUUAUUGGGACCGGAUGGGUCAGGAUGUUCUUAAUUUCUUGGAAAACCGAAAAGAAAAUCGGUCAUGGUACAAAGCUUCCAGAGUCACAGUAGCUGUACUGGAUGACACAUUUGCAUCACAGAUGCAGCAAUUGCUUGGAAAUGCACUCCAAGAGAAAGAUUUGGAGCCGCCGAGAUCGAUCAUGGAAGUACGAUCGGUGCUCUGCAAGGACGCGCCUAGUCACAAGGAUUCGAGUUUUUAUUACUAGCCAGUGCAAAUGUGAAUAUUGAGCACUUAAUGCGGCAAAAGUUUUGCGCGAUAAACCCGAAGAAUCAGCCCUAAGGCUAUUGUGUAUAUGAUGAAGCAGAAAAGCCGAAAAAUAGCUGGUGAAGGAAAGCUAAAGCCUGAACAACAGCAUGAGCUCCAAUUCAUUCUGAGAUUACCCUUUCUCUUAUGUCUCCAUAUGUUUUUAUUAUAUAUAUAUAUAU